UCCUUCCUUUAUUAUACUUCUCCAAAUUUCUCACUUCAACUUUCAACCUCUUUUCUCUGUCAUCUUUCUCUUUCUCUUUCUCUUUCUUCUAUCUACACCUGUAUUCAAACCAAAACAUGAGCAACAUAAGCAUGGUAGAGGCAAAGUUGCCACCAGGGUUCAGGUUCCAUCCAAGAGAUGAAGAGCUUGUGUGUGAUUACUUGAUGAAGAAGGUCACACACAAUGAUUCCCUUCUCAUGAUAGAUGUUGACCUUAACAAGUGUGAACCUUGGGAUAUUCCUGACACAGCAUGUGUGGGAGGGAAAGAGUGGUAUUUCUAUACACAAAGAGACCGUAAGUAUGCAACAGGAUUACGCACAAACCGUGCCACUGCCUCAGGGUACUGGAAGGCCACAGGGAAGGACAGGCCUAUCCUACGCAAGGGCACCCUUGUUGGCAUGAGGAAGACUUUGGUGUUCUAUCAAGGAAGGGCACCCAAAGGGAGAAAAACUGAGUGGGUGAUGCAUGAGUUUCGCAUUGAAGGGCCCCAUGGACCUCCUAAAGUUUCUUCUUCUAAGGAAGACUGGGUUUUGUGUAGAGUGUUCUACAAAAACAGAGAAGUUUCAGCCAAACCUAGCAUGGGUAGCUGCUAUGAAGACACAGGCUCUUCAUCUCUUCCUGCAUUAAUGGACUCUUACAUUAGUUUUGAUCAAACUCAAGCUCAUGCAGAUGAGUUUGAGCAAGUGCCCUGCUUCUCCAUUUUCUCUCAGAACCAAGCAAACCCUAUUUUCAACCACAUGACAACCAUGGAGCCUAAAUUACCUGCGACUGCAUAUGGAGGAGGAGCACCGAAUUUGGGUUACUGCUUAGACCCUUUAUCCUGUGACAGAAAAGUGUUGAAAGCUGUUUUGAGUCAGAUCACAAAGAUGGAAAGGAAUCCUCUGAACCAAAGUCUCAAAGGGUCUCCAAGCUUUGGGGAAGGAAGCUCAGAGAGUUAUUUAUCUGAAGUGGGGAUGCCUCACCUUUGGAACAAUUACUGAUGUGGGACUUCAUUCCCCAAUGCCACCAUGGCAAACAAAAAUUAAAACAAGAAAACAAAAAAUGAAGAUGAAAUUAAUCCAUUGUUUGAAGUGAUGGUGAGUGCCUAUGUUUUUACCUGUGGUGUUUGGCUAUUACUAUGAUACACAUCCCUCCAUUAUGUGUCCCAAUAUAUUAGGAAAAUGGGACUUGUAAUUCAAACUUAUAAAUAUUUGUAGUUAAUUCUAGUUAGUGAAUGAUUUUUUUUU